AAACAAGUCGUGAUAAAAAUAUUUUAUUUUAUCAUAUGUGUCAUGAAAAAGUACAAAUAAAUAAAAAUUCUAGUCAAAUUGGAAUAGUAUUAUGAGAGAAUCUCUCGUCUAGUCAUCUCUUUCCCAUUUCUUUGUUUUCUCCUUACUGCGCAUUCCCGCCACCUUCUCCAUCUCCGGGACUCCAUCUGAAGGUCGUUGUAUUUGGAGUCUAAGAUUUGGACUCCAUUCUUCGAUUGGGUGUGAAUCGGAAUCUUCAGAUGACAACUGGAUCGUCCAGGAGAAGCAUGGCUCCGUUCCAGGGAAAGAAGAAGACAGGGGAGAACGAAGUAGGGCCGGCCGAUUCAGUCUCCAGGAAGUCUUUUCCUUUGACUCGCUCCAUAGGACCGACAGGAGAGCGGACAGUGAAGAGAUUGCGGCUGUCAAAAGCCCUAACAGUUCCUGAAACAAUAAGCGUAUAUGAAGCAUGCCGCCGUAUGGCUGCCCGUAGGGUUGAUGCUUUAUUGCUUAUUGACUCAAAUGCAUUAUUAUGUGGGAUCUUGACUGAUAAGGAUGUAGCAACUAGAGUAAUUGCUCACAAGCUUAAUGUCAAAGAAACACCCGUUUCUAAGGUUAUGACAAGAAACCCAGUAUUUGUACUUUCUGACACUCUUUCUGUUGAAGCAUUGCAAAAAAUGGUGCAAGGAAAAUUUAGACACUUGCCCGUUGUGGAAAAUGGUGAGGUCAUUGCUCUGCUUGACAUAGCAAAGUGUCUAUAUGAUGCUAUUUCUCGCUUGGAAAGGGCAUCUGAGAAAGGAAAGGCUAUUGUAGAUGCAGUUGAAGGCGUUGAAAAGCAUUGGGGUGCAUCUGUGUCUGGCAAUACAUUUAUCGAAACACUGCGAGAGCGGAUGUUUAGACCCUCAUUGCGUACAGUUAUCCCAGAAAAUUCAAAGAUUGUCACUGUUGAACCAAGUGAGACUGUUGUAGAUGCCGCUAUCAAAAUGCUUGACAGUGGAUUAAGCUCUGCUGUUGUAACAGUUGACAGAAAACCACUCGGGAUUCUUACUUCAAAAGACAUCUUGAUGAGAGUCAUAGCACCAGAUCUUGCUCCUGAGUCCACUGCAGUGGAGAAAGUCAUGACCCCUAAUCCAGAAUGUGCAAGUGUUGAUACAUCUAUUGUUGAUGCUCUACAUAUAAUGCAUGAUGGCAAGUUUUUACACCUUCCGGUUGUUGAUACAGAUGGAGCAGUUGUUUCCGUUGUCGAUGUGCUUCAUAUCACUCAUGCAGCUAUAACCACUGUAGGAAAUACUGCUGAUGUGAAUAAUGAAGCUACCAAUUCAAUGAUGCAAAAAUUUUGGGAUUCUGCCAUGGAACUGGCUCCUGGUGAUGAUGAAGAGACACGUAGUGACAGUUCUCUGAAAAUGGCUUCGGAAGGAACAGAGACAGGAAGAGCUCUUCCAGUUCCUUCAUCAAACCUGCCAACUACUUUUGCUUUUAAAAUUCAAGAUAAAAAGGGAGGGAUGCACAGAUUUACAUGCGAGACUCGAAGCAUGAUGGAUGUCAUAACUGCAAUCCUUCAGAGAGUUGGGGAUGACAUUGACAGGAAUAAGCUUCCCCAGAUUUUUUAUGAAGAUGAAGACCAUGACAAAGUUAUACUUGCAUCAGAUAGCGAUCUUGCUGCUGCAGUUGAACAUGCAAGGUCUGCGGGUUGGAAGGGGCUGAGAUUGCACCUAGACUACUCAGAAACCCGGAGUUCUGGUUCUAGUAGUAUAGGCUAUGGUCUUGCAGAUUCAUGGACCUCGGCAUACAAUGCUGUGGCAGCUGGUGCGGCAUUAGCUGCCGGAUUAGGCCUAUUUGCUUUCUUGAGAAGAUCUGGCAACUGAUUUCUUUUUUAAGAACUUUGCCAUAUAUUGAGUGUGCAGUCAAUUGAGUGACCCAUGCAAUAUAAUCUGCAUACCUGAGGUAUUUUCUGUGUAUUUGCCUGUAGUAUGUAGCAGUGCAGUGGUUUCCACUCCCACCAUAGCCACUUCCAUAUCUGCUUGGUCAUUCAUAAUAAUGUUUGCCCUAAUCCAACAAGGCAAUAAACUCCCAUGGUUUGAACUUCUUUUAUGUAAUGCUUUUUUGAAGGAUCUUUUAUGUUAUGUUAACUCAAACGACUUUGAUAUAAAAAAUCAAAUCAAUUGGUGAUUCGUUU